AUGCCACAAUCACUACUAUUAAAGCUACCGCGUGAGGUACUCCUGUAUAUAUUGAAACAGUAUCUCGACUUGACAGACCUAUGGACAUUAACUCGGGCUUCAAAAGACUUACGGUGUAUUGCUCUGCUUCUAUUGAGAAAACAGUGGAGCGUCGCCUCAGAUUCUCUUCUCAAAUCACAGAUGAAUGCCUCCAUGAUAGCUGUUUCUGGGAUAUCACAAAGGAUCAUAAAGCGAAUCACAAUCUACGACCCUUAUGCAUUUCCACCGAUACUGCCACAAAACCCACGAAAUUGGCUCUACCUCACACUGACAGAUACCACUGUAUACGACCUAGCGAUAUAUCAGCAUUCUCUUCCAAACCAUUCUGUAUCUGAGGCAAGAUCUCCAUCGCCACCCAAUACAUUUCCACCGACAAUCGAGCCAGGCCUAGACGAAGGCAGUGAACAUUUCUUCCCAAUGGAACGUAUCAAAUACCAAUGCAAGCGACUACACUACAUCAUUGGGGACGAAAGAAAACUGCACUAUCAAAUAGCUCGGAACGUUACCAGAGAAAACCUGAAUACCGUUGUUGAAAGCAUAUUCCAUCAUGUCAUCUUUGUCAACAGUCGGUGGAUGAUCAUGUCUCGCCGUCAAUCAGCUAUCGCAAUAUCCAGAGCUCGAGCAUUUUCAGCUGCUACCACACGUCUCUUGUGCAGCUUAGGAGCCAAUUUCAAGAACGAAGUAGCAGCCAUGGUUUGGGAGAACAUGGCAACAUUUAUAACCUAUGUUGAAUACCGUCUUUUGGGCAAGUCAAAUGGCAACAACAAUCUUAUGGAUACUAUCACCGUGUUCCUGAAUUUCGUCUGUGCUUGUUACGUUGCACACAUCAUUGUAGACGAGCAAGCACUGGAUGCCUUUUACAAAGUAUAUCAUGUCACUAGCAAAACUUACAAGGAUCAGACUAGAAGUUCGUUGCGAGAGUUAUGGCUUAGAACAGAUCGAGAUUUGGAGGAUAGUCCGUUAUCUCGUUUCCUCAAUCUUCGUGAUAGUCAAUAA